AUGGUCUCUCUCUCGUUCGCCCUCACCCUUACUGUGCACGCCCUCUGCGUCACUCUGUUCGUCGUCGCCUCUAGGUACUUACCCGCGAUUACCUGGAUAUGGUGGCCAAGGAUCUUCAGACUUGCUGCCGUGCCGCCCGACGUCAACGCGCCCUACGACUACGACCCUCUCACCAACCUCCUGCUCGUUAUUAACCCCCCAAUCCCUUCAUCACGCCCAUCAGGCGAAGAUUUCUCGACUGGCUCCCAAGUUCGGCCCCCAUCUGCUACGCUGAGGUACUCUGUGCUCUGUAGACGAACGACGUACGACGCUCUCGCCCUUCCCUCUCUCGCUCUAUUCCACCUCUUCGCUCCGUUCCACUCACCACCCCCUUUUAUCCGCCCUUCCAAGCCCCACCCCGCCCAAUCUGAUCCCUAA